AUGGCAACGGCCACAACAAAUGGCAAAGCGAAAUGUUUUGAAUGUAAUAAAAAUAAAAUCGUUUAUCUAUGCGAAGGAUGUUCACAAAAAUUUUGUUUGACGGAUUUAACAGAACAUCAACAACAACAUGGCAAAGAAUUAGACAAAAUUCUCACUGAUUGUGAUGAAUUUCGUCAAAAACUUAUUGAACAAAAAGGAGAUCAAAAUCAACGUCUACUAAUACAACAAGUUAAUGAAUGGGAAGACAAUUCAAUGAAGAGAAUUAAACAAAUAGCAGAAGAAUGUAGGCAAAUAUUAAUUAAACACACGGAUGACAAUAUUAUGGAAAUAGAAAAGGAAUUGAAUAAGUUCAUUACAGAUUUGAAACAAAUUCGUCGAGAAAAUGAUUUUAAUGAAUUUCAUUUAAACCAAUUGAAAAUGGAAUUAGAGAAACUAGAAAAAGAACUUGAUCAACCAUCAAAUAUUUCAAUUCAACAACAUUCUACACCAUUUAUAAACAAAAUUUCGGUCUCUGUGAUGUCCAAUAUUCAGGCAAAUGCUCAAUGGGUACAGGACGGAGUGACCGUUGCUGGUGGUCAUGGAGCAGGUGAUGCCACCAAUCAACUCCACGAACCCUUUGGUGUCUUCAUUGAUGAUGAUCAAACGAUGGUCAUCGCUGACACAUGGAAUCAUCGUAUCAUUCAAUGGAAGAUGGACGAUACGCAUGGACAAGUGGUAGCUGGUGGCCAUGGCGCAGGAAAUCGAUUGGAUCAAUUGAAUUAUCCAACCGAUGUUUUGGUCGACAAAGAGACGAAUGGUCUCAUUAUCUGCGAUCGACAGAAUCGACGAGUCGUACGAUGGUCUCGUCGUAUUUACACCACACAAGGAGAGAUCCUUCUCAACAACAUCAGUUGUUUUGGUUUGGCUAUAGAUAAUCAGAGAUAUCUCUACAUCUCUGACACCGAAAACCAUGAAGUAAGACGAUAUCGAAUAGGAGACAACAAUGGAACUCUUGUGGCUGGUGGUCAUGGUCUAGGUAAUGAUCUCAAUCAACUGAACUUUCCGACCUACCUCUUCGUCGAUCGACAACAGGCUGUCUACGUGUCCGACAACGAAAAUUAUCGUGUGAUGAAAUGGAAUAAAGGUGCAACAGAAGGAAUUGUCGUCGUCGGAGGUCAAGGUCAAGGAAAGGCUUUGACACAAUUAUCGAAUCCUAGUGGACUGUUCGUCGAUACAUUGGGUACCAUCUAUGUAGCAGACUUGGGGAAUGAUCGAGUGAUGCGUUGGCCUACAGAAAAUGCAUUGGGCAUUGGUCGAGAUGGUCUUACACUAAUCUUUGAAGAUUCAUUUGACAGUGGACCUAGGCUCAAUGGGUCCAUAUGGAGUCCCAAUUAUCCAUGGGGAACAAUUUAUAAUCAUCGAGCAAAUAUGGACCGUCGUCUAGUAACUAUAUCAAAUAAUCAAGUCAACUUAACAGCUCUUGCCAUGCGAUCGACAAGUACAAUGAAUAUUGAUACAGCUGAUUAUGGUCUUGUCGAUCUAGAUUAUACAUCGGGUGCCAUCUAUACGAACAGUCGUAUCAGUUUAACUCGUGGUUUAGUUGUUGUACGUAUGCAAGUUCCACCAGUAACAAGUACUUGGCCAAUGAUAGUGCUCGUCCCAACUGAUCAAACAUUACCUAUGUUGACUAUGGACAUAUUUGAUGAUCGAAAAAAUGUUGGUUACUCCUUUCAAUAUACAUCUCCAUCCGGAUCACGUGCUUCAGUCAGUGGAACUGCACGUUCAUUGACCGAUAAUAGCAAAGAUAUGCAUUCGUAUUCAAUCGAUUGGGGUUAUGACAAAGUGACAUUUUUCUACGAUAAUAUUACAUUAAGAUCAUUUGUUCAAUCAACUGAAUUGACACAAAUAACUGAAAUGAGAUUAAUUUUAGCAUUGGGUGUCGGUGGUCGAUCACCAUCGAUACCAUCAUCAAACACUACCGAUUAUCCACAAAGUCUAUUAAUUGAUAGUGUAGAAAUGUGGUCACCAAAAUACGACGGUCGCUAUACAAUGAUCAAUCUUAAAUCUAAUUUAUCAUUUGAAGUUAAAUCUGGUCAAACACAAGAUCGGGCAUUAAUCGUACAAAAUAAUUAUACAGGUGUUGCAUGGCAACAAUGGGAUAUAAAUUAUAUUGGCAAUAGUUAUUAUAAAAUAAUCAAUGUUCAUAGUCGUAAAGUUGUCGAUGUUCAUGAUUGGCAAACAGAUGAUAAUGCAAAAAUUAUACAAUAUAAAUUUAAUUUAAAAGAAAAUCAAAUUUGGCGUAUCAUGGAACAUGAUGAUCAGACUGUAUCAUUCGUCAAUGUUUGGUCACAAAAAGUAGCUUCAAUUAUCAAUGGUUCUACACAAGCAGAUGCACAAAUAGUACAACGAACAUUUGAUAAUGGAUUAGAUCAGAAAUGGAAAGUGAUACGAUUGAAUUGA